AUGCCGUAUUUUUGGCUGUGUUUGCAUCCGUCUGGUAUUCACACAAGGAUUAUUGUUCAUACACGUUAUCCAAAACAAUCAAUGAUCAACACAUAUCUUAUUGUAUUGUUUGGCUUCAUUCUCAUUAGUCAAGCCAAUAAGCUUCCAAUGUCAACGAAAGACUUACCAACACAGAGCCCACUGGAACUAAAUCCAAACCAAGUUGAAGGUGAUAUGAAGUUUCCAGCUGUUAUUGGGCUAAAUGGCCGUGCAGGAAUACUUCGUGGUUCGGGAAUCGCAUGGCCAAAUGGAAUUGUUCCAUACAUAUUUGCACCAGGAUAUACUUAUGACCAAGAAUUGUCUAUUAUUGCUGGAAUGCGAAUGUUAGAACGUACGGUAGCUAUCAAUAAUUAUCGUUGUGUUCAGUUUCGACCAAGAAAUGUAUCCGAUCCGUAUUAUAUUAUAUUCGAAAAUGGGCUAGGUUGUUCAUCAUAUGUCGGACAAAAUCCAGGUCGUAACAUAAAUCGUACAGUUACAUUGCAAGCUUCUGGUUGUCUCGGUAUUGGAACAAUUAUGCACGAAUUAUUACAUGCAUUAGGUUUUGAACAUGAACAAUCAAGACCAGAUCGUGAUCAAUAUGUGACCAUCAAUUGGGCUAAUAUAGAAUCUGGCACGUCACAUAAUUUUGAUAAACUUGAUAAUAAUUCAGUGAAUACUUAUAAUACACCGUAUGAUUAUGGAUCAUUGAUGCAUUAUAGCUCGACUGCAUUCUCUAUAAAUGGUUUACCAACUAUUGUAGCACGUCAAGCAAAUGUUAUUAUGGGACAACGAAGUAAUUUAAGUGUGUAUGAUGCACAAGCAGUUCAACGGUUUUACAACUGUACGGCGAGUGGAACGACACUACCACCAACAUCAACACCUGCUCCAUUAAAUAUAUAUGGAGCUAAUACCACCUAUUCAUCGGCAUGGGCAACAAAUAGUCGAAAAUUUUUACGUUAUCGAGGAACAAAUGCAAACUAUUACUAUGAUACCUAUCAAGUAACUGUUUCAACAGCUAAUUAUUAUCGAUUCAAAAGUUCAUAUACAGUAAUUGUAUCUGGAGCAACAAGAGUUACUCUUAUUCCUACAUCCAAUACAUCAACAGUACUUACUAAUACUACUAUUGCUCCAGUAACAACUGGCACUUCAACCUAUCCUCCAAAUACUAUGAUAACAAGUUAUCAAAGUGUAUUGAACAAUACCAGCUCUACGUUCACUCGAUAUAGAGCAACAGGCAUAUUUUAUUUUGAAGCAAUCCGAAUAACAGUAAACACAACAGGAAAUUACACAUUCAAAAGUAACUGCAGCAUAGAUAGUUAUGGUUAUUUAUAUGUCAAUAGUUUCAAUCCGUCCAAUGUCACAUCUAAUCUUGUUGCAUUAGAUGAUGAUACUGGUGGAUAUUUCCAAUUUUUAAUAACAUAUAUACUUCAAGCUGGUACAACUUAUAUUUUAAUAUUUACAACAUAUUCGCCUAAUGUAACAACAUCAUUCUCUAUUAUGGCAUGGGGUCAAGCAAGAGUUUCUCUUGUUCGUUUGAAUAUGGUGUCAUCAACUACGACUACUACAACUUUGGUGACUACUACUACUCGACCAAAUGUAAUCAAUAUUACGGGCAUUGUAACAAAUUACUCAAGUUCAUUGAAUAAUACCAGUCCUAGGUUCACUCGAUUUGGACCAACAGGCAUAUUUUAUUUUGAAGCAAUCCGAGUAACAGUAAAUACAACAGGAACUUACACAUUCAAAAGUAACUGUAGUAUAAAUAGUUAUGGUUAUUUAUAUGUCAAUAGUUUCAAUCCAUCCAAUGUCACAUCUAAUCUUGUUGCAUUAGAUGAUGAUACUGGUGGAUAUAACCAAUUUUUAAUAACAUAUAUACUUCAAGCUGGUACAACUUAUAUUUUAAUAUUUACAACAUAUUCGCCUAAUGUAACAACAUCAUUCUCUAUUAUGGCAUGGGGUCCAACAAGAUUUAGUCUUCAAUAUAUCAAUAUGAGAAAUAGUUCAGAAUCUACCACUACGGUCAGUUCAACUUCUACAAUAAUAUCUUUAGUUCUUACAACAGCAGCUCCUGUUAUAUGCAAUGGAUCUAACAUUCGACUGACAUGUCCAGGUCAAGUUGUAACUAAUGGAAUAAUUGUAACUAUGAAUCCAAAUCGAAUUUCCAAUAGUGGAUAUGUUACACCAAAUAAUACAUUUUUUAAUCUCAAUGAUUCAAGUACAGUAAAUGGUUAUGUUCGAACUGUGUCUAUUCAAUAUGUUCAACAAAGAUUACCAACUGCAUCAACACGUAUUUGGAUCUAUGGCAUUAUCCCAAUUCUUGGUGGUUAUAUGGCUUGUAGUCAAUAUUUAGUUCCUUCUUCUCAAAUAUCAACAACACAAUUGAGACAAACCUAUAAUAUCACUGCAAAUACAAUCAAUGUUUUUCCAGGAACAUAUAUUGGAGUGGGUAUUCAAGAUGGAUUAACAUCUAUUGCUACAACAUCUGGCACUACUUCAUUCAGUGUUACAGGUGCUAAUUUAACAUCAAAUAUUCUCACACGUACACCAUUAUAUUUUCGACCUGAUAAUUCAGGAUUUGGUGUCAAUGUAAGCUACACUAUAAUGGCAUAG